GAGAACUCUACACAUUGUAACAAGCGAUGCCUACGUGCAUCUGCAGCAGAUGACGAAAGUUGUUCAUAGCUGACAUUUUUCGGGAAAACUAUGCAGACACAGGAACUCAACCAUGAACAGUCAGCAGCAGCAUCUCUUGGAGGGAAUUCAAGAACUUUUCACAUCCAAAGAGCUGACGAAUGUCAUUCUUGUUGCGGAGGACAAAGACCUCCAUUGUCACAGAAGUGUCCUUGCAGCCAGCAGUCCAUACUUCAGAGCCAUGUUCCGAGAUUAUUGUGAACGGGACCAAGAAACAAUAUACAUCAGCAAUAUCACCUACUCUGCACUGGAAAUGGCCGUGAAAUUCAUGUACUGCCUUCCUGUAGACAUAUCUCAUGACAGCGUGCAGUCCAUUUUGACAGCAUCCAGCAUGUUUCAGCUCGACACCUUGGCGUCAUACUGUGUUGAUCACAUGAUGAGAGCUAUUUGUGUCGACAACUGUCUGGACGUGUACAACCUAGGAGAUUACCAGUCUCUCCAGACAUUGAAGGAUGCGGCGAAGUCCUUCAUCCUUGACCACUUCUGUGAAAUGGUUGAGAAAGAAGACAUGAUGCAGUUAGAGAAGGCUGCUGUCAAGGAACUUAUCUCAUCCGAUGACAUAAAUGUUGAUAAAGAGGAAGUGAUUUUCCACUUUCUUGUGAAGUGGAUAGAAUAUGAUAUUGAGGAGAGGAAGAAGUUCUUUGGUGAUUUAUUUGGAAAAGUAAGACUUCUGCUUAUUGAUGAAGAAUAUAUUUGUGAACAUAUUAACACACAUGAUUUGGUUGUUGGGAAUCCAUUUUGUCGUGCUAUUGUCUCAAUGACAAAGUUGUGCCGAAUUGGAAUGGACUGCCAAGAUUCUGAAGAAGAAAAGCAGAAAAUUGCAGAUGGUUAUGAGCUCAGUGUUUGUCGUCGUCAUGGAAUGUUUCGGAAAGAGAUGUUGAUAUUUUCAGGUGGAGGAAUGUCAGAAGAGCAAAGAGCCUUUUCUUGUUUUGAUCCAUCAACUGGGAAGAAUUAUAUGGGUGCCAAACAUCACCCAACGUUUGACUUCAAGUUCAAGGUCGACUAUUACAAGCUGAUUACCAACAAUCAAAAUCAGAUAUACUUCAUGGGUGGCAUAUUCUAUGAUGAUUACCAUCUUGAAGAGCAAGGCUUGGCUCGAGAUUCCGUGUAUCAGUACCAGAUGAAAGACAGAACGUGGACGCCUUGUCACCCUAUGAUCACUGCAAGAUGUGCCUUUGCCGCAUGUGCUGUUGAGGAGAGAGUGUUUGUGUUUGGUGGUGCUUUGUCGUAUCCACGAGGAGUUCCAAUGGAACUUGUGGAGGCAUACGAUCCAGUUUUCGAUCUAUGGCAACAGAUGGCGCCGAUGCCAACCGGCCUAUCCCAUCAUGCAUCUACUGUGUAUAAAGAUAGUGUUUAUGUAUUCGGUGGUGAAGAAAGCAGUGCUGAACUCUUCACAACAGUGUUGCAGUACUCCAUUUCAAAUGACACGUGGUUCAUUCUGGAUACUGAAAUUCUUCAUCCAAGACUCUCAAGCACUGCGAUUAGUUAUAAUGACCAAAUCUACAUCGUAGGUGGAGGUACAAAGAUUCAGAACACAACUGCAAUUGAGAUAUUUGAUCCAGAAACACUAAAAUUUCAAAUCGGAGAUGACUUUCCUGAUGAUCGGAAAGUAAUGUCUGUGGCACUUCUUGACAACUGUAUCUAUGUCUGUGGUGGAGCUCGUCGGAUGACAUCGAGGCGUGAAGGUCUUGCCAAAUCUCGAUUGGUUGAAAGCAAAGACAUGCAUAAAUAUGACCUUGAAACAAAAAAAUGGAGCAUGGUUGCAAAGUUGGUUCAAUAUGGCAGCAACCAGGCAACAACAACAACUGUUGUGAAUACAAAAGAUUUAGAUUUAAGUGAAUUUACCAGUUCAGUGUAAAUUAUAAGGACAAGAACUCGGUGAAAUCUUUUUCCAGUGCAAUACCAUUUGAACCUGUGAAGCCCAGUGUAGAACUGAAUCCAAAUGACAAUUGAAAAAAUGUCAUAGCUGAAGAUUGUUGCAGUCAUAG